AUGCCACCCCGCCAAUUGGAAGUCGGCAUCGUCGGAGCAGGCAUUGCUGGGCUCGGCGCCGCCAUCGCCCUCUCCCACGCCGGCCACUCGGUCAGUGUAUACGAGAAGUCAAAGUUCCGCAACGAGACGGGCGCGGCGAUCGUCAUCGGCCCCAACGGCAGCCGGAUCCUCUCGAAAUGGGGCUUCGACUACGACGGCGCCGGCGCCCUGGAUUUCAGCGAGAUGCGCCGGCUGAGAGGCGACACGCUCGCGCUCGACUCGGAGGAGUUCUUCACCGACAUCAAGACCAAGUACGGCGAUCGCUGGCUGCUCUUCCACCGGGCCGACCUGCACGCGGGGCUGAAAGCGCUGGCCACCACUGGCGCGGCGGAUUCAUCGCGACGCCCGGAAAUCAAUCUCGGCGUCGAGGUCACGGACGUGGACGUCGAGCGCGGCAUCGUCACAUUCGCCACAGGCGAGACCGUCACCAAGGAUCUCGUCGUCAUCGCCGACGGCGCGCACAGCGAACUCGUCGCCAAAGUGCUGGGUCGGCCGUGUCCCGUCAACAAGUCCCCGAUGUCCAUGUACCGCUUCCUGCAGCCCAUGGACCGGAUCCUGGCGCACCCGGACGCCGGACAAUUCUACCAGGACCGCCCACCGGGGUUCACGACCUUUUACAAGACCGAGGUGGGCCGCCCGGGCCUCCUGAUCAACACGUACCCCUGUCGCGGCGGCGACCUGCUGUACGUCGCGCUCGUGCACCCGACCAAACCCGCCGAGAAGGGCCUCGUGGGGUGGGACUCGCCCGCGGACGUGGACAAUUUCCUGGCCGACGCAAAGGACUUCCACCCGGCCGUGCAGGCCGUGUGCGACGACGCCACCGACAUCAAGGUCUACACGCAGAUGUGGCGCGACCCGAUCGAGCGGUUCGCCAAGGGCCGUGCCGUGCUGGUCGGCGACGCUGCCCACCUGAUGCUGCCGACCCACGGCCAGGGCGCGUCCAUGGCCCUGGAAGACGCCAUGGCGCUGCAGGUGCUGUUCACGGGCGUCGAGUCCGCGGCGGAGGUGGCCUCGAAGCUGCAAGUGUUUGAUCGGCUUCGCAUCCCGCGCGUCAGUGCCGUGCAGACCAUGUCCAACAGGAUGAUGGGCCCGCCGGACAAGAUGAUUGCCGAGAUCAAGCGCUAUUACGGCGGGGAUAUCCCUGGGCCAAAGGCAAAGACGUUUUCGAACGAGUACAACGAUUUCUUCUUCCUGUAUGACGUUGAAAAUGAGGCGAAAAAGGCCGCUGCCGCGUGA